CAUCAUUUUCCUUUAGAAAACAUUGAUUUAGUUAUUCGGAAAGGUGUAUUUCCAUAUGAGUAUGUAGACUGCAACUCAAAACUUAAAGAUACCUCAUUACCACCUAGAAUUAAAUUUUAUAAUUCGUUAACAGAUGAUCAUAUUUCAAAAAAAGAUUACAUGCAUGCAUGCAAUGUUUGGGAGAAAUUUAAUAUAAAAACAUUAGGUGAAUAUAGUGAUUUAUAUUUAUUAACGGACAUAUUGAUUCUGGCUGAUGUAUUUGAAAAUUUUAGAGAUAUUUGUUUGAAAACUUUUAAUUUAGACGCCUCUUAUUAUUUGACAGCACCUGGUUUUGCGUUUGACGCAAUGUUAAGUUUUACUGGAGUUAAACUUGAGAGAUUAACAGAUUAUUUGAUGUUACUCAUGAUGGAGAAUGGAAUAAGAGGGGGGGUAUGCCAAUCUGUAAGACGCUAUGCCAGAGCUAAUCUACCAGAUGUUGAUGGGAUUAAUUAUAACAAAAAAAAACCACACAUUUAUUUGGCAUAUUUUGAUUGUGUAAAUUUAUACGGCAAAUCAAUGCUUGCAAGUUUACCAUACAAAAAUUUUGAAUGGUAUAAUGAUUUGAUAUUAGACGUUACUACUAUAGAUGACGAUGCACCUAUUGGUUAUAUACUGGAAGUGGAUGUGGAUUACCCCGAAAAAUUACAUGAUAUUCAUAGCGAUUUACCUUUUUUGCCACACAAUAGUUGUCCACCUAAUUCUAAGAUUAUUAAACUGCUGACAACUUUAAAUAAUAAAUCAAAUUAUGUCGUUCAUUAUAGAUUGUUAAAGCAGGCAAUUCACAACGGAUUAAAAGUUGUAAAAGUUCAUAAAAUAAUUAAGUUUGAUCAAUCAAAAUGGUUAGCCCCUUAUGUUGAUAAAUGCACUAGUAUGAGGGUCUUGGCAAAAAACAAGUUUGAAUAUGAAUUUUGGAAAUUACUCGUGAAUAGUGUCUAUGGGAAAUGUAUGGAGAAUCCGCGUAAAAGAUUGGAUAUAAAGUUGGUAUCAGAUGAUCGAAAAGCUCAUAGGCUAAUGAGAAAACCUAAUUUCAUAGAUAGAACUAUAUAUAGCAAUGAGUUAAUGUCUUUACAUUUUCAAAAAGAAAAGAUUAAAUUUGAUAAACCAAUCUACGUGGGAUUUUCUAUUUUAGAUAUAUCGAAAACCUAUAUUUAUAAUUUCCAUUAUGACGUAAUGAAAAAUAAAUACGGAAAAAAAAUAUCACUAUUAUACACUGAUACCGAUUCAUUAAUAUAUCGUAUUAAAACAAAUAAUUAUUUUAAUGAUUUAAAAUUUGAUUUAUUGAGUCAUUUUGAUACUUCUAAUUUUCCAAUUAGUCACUUUUGUUACAGUGAUAAACAUAAGAACACCCCAGGAUAUUUUAAAGACGAAUUGAAGAGUGAAAUUAUGACGCAAUUUGUAACGCUAAGACCCAAAUUAUAUGCUUAUACAAUAUUUUAUCAAAGUUCAGUAUACAAAAUUCCUCACAUUUGGAUGCACAAAAUGGUGAAUCUAGUCAAAUUAAUGCAUACUGUGAUAUUAACUCAAUACAGGCAACAAAACAUAAUGUUUAUUCCAAAACAACCAGAAAAAUAGUAUUGAGUGCAAAUGACGAUAAACGUGUCAUAUUAAAAGGUGGUAUUUGCACUUUACCAUACGGACAUUAUAAAUUAAACUAAUCAAAAAUAAUUAUGAAUAUGUUUUAUUACAAACGUAUUUUAUAAAUAGUAAAUCAUUUAACUAAUUAGCUAUUCGACAAAUCGUUAUCGAUGAUAAAAUUAAUUAAGGGAGCUAUAGUAACCUAAUCAUGAAGCAAAUUGUUUAAUUUUUAUAUUAUAAUAUAUUAAUGUACAAAAUAUAACAAUAAUCAUUGUUUUUCAAAUUUAAUAUUUCUAAAAGUGUUAUAAUAUUUAAUUCAUUGAACAUUUUAUAAAUUGUAAAAAUGGAAAAUGUAUGUUAUUUAAUUUGGUUACAAACUUUUUGUUAAAACUAUGUAUAUAUUUUAAUAUUCUAACAUUGAUCAUUAACUUUUAUGUAUGAUUCAUUUCUAUUUAUUUUUUAUUAUUAAAUAAUAAUAUACAUAAUUGUAUUGUGAUUGACUUUGGUCGAGAUUCAUUAUGUUAAAUUGUAAGUAAUAUGAUUUAUGAUACUGUAAUUAUUUAAUAAUAAAUUAAAAAAUUGUAAUAUGCCGGUUCUAUGAAGAUGAUGAAGCAAAAUGUAUAUAAUUUUACUUUUUAUUGAUCCUAUUAUAUUAAAUAUAGAAGUCUAUUUAUGUUUAUAUACUUUAGUUAUAUUGAUUUAUUUAAAAUAUGUUAUAAUUGGUAAAUAUUAUUAUACUUUUGUUAAUAUCGUUAUUCUAUAUUGUA